UUUUUUUUUUUGGUUAAAAAUAGCAACUUAAAGAAUAAUUCUAUGAAACAAUUAUGUCUUCAACAAAAUAUAAAAAUAGACAAAAAUUAAUGCAUAAUACCCGGAAAAUAAAAAAAAAUAACACCAAAACAUCAGAUGAAAGCUCAAGUGAUGCUACAUGUAAUUUUCCAUUGUCUAAUUCGCCUGUUUUUCGACGAGAUAUGACAUAUCAAGAAAUGCUCAAAACAGAUCCUUUUUUUCGAAAAAAUCAAAUACACUAUGUUUCAGAUGAUUCAGUGCUUGGUUUCUUAAUUAUUUCAGUUGCAGUAGACAAAUUCAACAUAAUUCAUUCUCAUGUUUUUACGUGUUGUGGACCUCUUUCACUUCCUCUUAUAACUCCCAAAGAUCAAGAUGUUCUUCGUAUUGUUGUUUCACAUCUUCCUUAUAACUGCAGAUCACAAUCUUUCCAAGUCAUUGCAAUGGUUAUAUUGCAAUAUUUUAUUUUCAUACCAUUACAUGUCAAGAAAGAAGUUUUAAGACAAUAUAAUGUGUUUAUAGAGAAUUCAGAUCAACAAAGAAGGAUUGCAUUUGAUGAGAUGCAUGCAGGAGACAUUGCUGGACAUUGUCAACUUUUGAAACUUACAGAUCUAUCAUCCAUUCUAUGUUCUAUGCUAAAAAAACGAAAACUCGUGUCUUUUAACAUGGAUGUUAUUUUCCCUGAUGAUUUAGGAUGUAAGAGAUAAUUUUCUUUAUAAAAUUCUAUUUAAUUUUCGUUAUAAAAGCUACACCAUUAUUUUCUAAACUUCAAGAAACAAAAGAUGAGCAUAAAUUGGAAGAUUCUUCUUUUAAAAAAAUAGUUAUGCCUAGGCCUGUAAUAGAUAACUAUAUAGAACAGGAAAAAAAACGGAUAAGCAUUCUUGAUGAAAUCCUUCAAACAGAGCAAAAUUAUAUUAAUAGGUUACGCCAUUUGAUUCUCGAUUAUGUUUUACCACUUAGAACGCAUGCCAAAACAUCAAAAAAUCCUCCUUUGGGACUAUAUGAUGUUAAUAGAAUGUUUCCAUUAUCUCUUAAUGAUAUUGUAUCAGUGAAUUCAGCCUUUUUACAAGAUUUUGAAAAAGCAAAAACAGAUCUUGAAAAAGCCAACUCAUGUGUUACACAUUUUUCUCAAUUUAAAAAGGUAUAUGCUAAAUAUUUAGAAUUAAGUGUAGACUUUGAAUCUAUUCUAAGACAUAACUUACGUAAUCCUAAAUUUAGAGACUUUGUAGACAAUCAAAAAUAUAAAACAGAGCGGAAUAUUAGUAUUAGGGAACUUAUAAUGGAACCAGUUCAACGAAUCCCUCGUUAUUCUUUAUUUCUAGAAAAUAUUAUUUCAAAUACACAUCCAGAAAGUCCAGCAUUAGUUCCAUUUCAAAAAGCGUUAUCAAUUGUUAAGGAUAUUGCACAAAUGAAAAUUAUGGAAGCUGAAGAAAGGUCAAAAUUAUUUCGAAAGUUAAUGGGGCAUGUUUCAGGAUUUCCUCCAGAACUUAUAUCAAAUUCUCGUUAUUUUAUUACUGCUAUAGAUGCUAUAGAGAUUUUACCACCAUAUAUAAACUCAUCAAGUAAAAUAUAUUGUACAUUGUUAUUAUUUUCAGACUGUUUGGCAAUAUUGAAAAAAUCAUCGCAUAUUUCUAUUGUAGAAGAGCUUAUAUCUAAUGUUAGCGAGAUUUCAUUAUCUAGGUCUCAAUCUAAACAAAGUUUAUUCAAGUUCGCAACUUCAACUUCUAGAAAAGAUAUAUUAUUUCAAGGAUGGGCUAGUACAAAUGAUCUUGAACUAGAAAUUGAUGAGGAUAGCGAUACAGAUAUUUGGAUAAUUGCAUCUACACCUAUUAAAUCUUAUGUAGGAAAUGAAGCUUGGGGAAGCUUUUCUGAACAUAAAAUCUCUGUAACAUCUGAAUCGAAACAUUGUAUAAUAAAUUUUAUUGAAAAAUUCUAUAAAACAAAGGCUAAAAAUAAAAUUUCUGAAAAUUUUAUUUCAGAAAUCGAAAAAAAUAAUAUUAAUAUUAUAUGCAAUGUUUUUAAAGCAUCUGAAUACAAAAAGGAACCAAAAAAAUCGGAAAUCGCUAUUCAAUACACCCAUCAAAGUUUUGCUAAUAGUGUUAAUAAAAAAAAUUCGGAAAUGGAUAUUUCAGGAUUAUUUUUAAUAGAAGCAUCGUCAGAAAUAUAUAGGCUAGACUUUUAUACCCCUCUUUCUUGGAAAAUAUCACCACGAAAAUUUCAAUAUCUAGAUACCCUUUUAGAAGAUUUAUUUGAAAAAGCAAUUUUAUUUCAAAAUUUUUUAAAAUUUUCAGAAUCUCCUAAAAACGUUUCAAUUCUUAUAUCGAAGUAUAAAUUCUUUUUAUCAUGUCUUCUUAGCGUAAGCUUAGAAUCAAAUUCUUUAAAAACGAACUUUCCAGCAAUUUCAUAUUCUAAUUUUUCUAAUAAAUCCAUAAACUCAACUUCAGGAAACAAAUAUUCACCUCCGAAAAACUUAACAACAUCGUUUCUAAUUAAUAGUCCUACAUCCAAGACUUUUAUAAAAAAGGAUUCAUUUUCACAAUUCAAUUCUUUAAUAAAGUCUGAUAAUGAAAAUAACAUAUCAAAGAUUGGAAAUAACAAUUCAAUAUCAUCGAUAGAAAUAAUUAAAGAUAAAAAUAUAUUUCGUGGUAUCGAGACGUUUGUUUAUACUCUUUGUUGUAUUGAAGACUUUGAUUCAAUGUCUACAUUAAUGUAUUCAGAGUCUGAACUUAAAGAUUCUAUUGAUCUCUCAAAUGAAAUUGCAAAAAAUCCUCAAAAAGAUUAUGCGGUUUUAGGUUCUCCUUUAAAAAUAGGUUAUGCAGCUUUUAAACAUUAUAUAAAAACACAUGUUUCUAAAAAAAUUGGACCAGUUUUACCAUAUGAAUAUAUUAAGUCUUGUUUAAAUAUAAUUGAAGGGUUUGAUUCUAUUGAUGAAAAGAUACAUAAAAUUCAUAAUAUUUCUCUGGAUUUACCAUACGAAAGUCAUGCUGUUCUAUGUUUAGUCAUAUAUCUUACUUUACAUGUUUUGAAUAAAGCUUAUAAAGAAAAAUGUUUAAAGAUUUUAUUACUAAUGAUUUCAGAAUGUCUUGUAUCUGUAUAUGAUGUACCUGCUUUUAUUCCUGUUUUGAAGCUCAUGGCACGUAACUUUUCUCAAAUAUUUUAUGAAUUUGCGAAAACCAAUUUUUCUACUUUAACAAAUAAAAUGGCAUCCAUUCUUACUAAGGACUUCAAUCAAUCAGAAAUUGUGCCAUCAUUUACUAAUUCGUAUUAUGAUAAACCAUUUAUUUUUCCAGAUACGUCCAUUUCAUCUUCUGAUGCUGUUGAUUAUGAAAAACCUUCUUUAUUACCACUUAAAAAUUCAUUAUCUUUGAAUUCUACUCAAAGAGAUACGUCUAAGGAUACUUUUUAUAAUACAACUUCAAAUUUGUCUAUUAAUACAGUUAUUCCACAGUCAACACAUUCAGAAAUGACUAAAUCGUUAUCACAUUUAGAAGAUGUUAAUCCAUUUACUGCUUUGAAUACUGAUCAGCAUUUAAAGACUUUAUUUUUAAAUCCAAAGGAAAAAUAUUAUGAUGCGUCCGAUAAUAUUAAAAAAAAAGAGAAUUUUUCUAUGGUAUCUAAUAACUUCAAAACAAAUUUAACUGAAGAGGAUUUUAAUGAAUCAAAUAAUAUGAACGAUAUACCCCGGUUUGACAAACAUUUAAUAGUUAAAUCUUUUUCUGAAAAUACUAAAUCUAAUGAUAUUUCCAAAGUUAUUCUUUCUAGUGAUUCUUUUAAUAAUAAGUCAAAUUGUUUAAAAAAACCAUCUUUAGAGACAUUUUCAUCUUUAGAAUCAAAAAUAUUAUUUCCACAUGAUAAUUACAUAGUAUUUAAAGAUUCAAAAUCAGAAUAUGAGAAAGUUGAUCCAAAAGAAAAUUGUGUUCAUUUUUACGAUAAAUCUUUUAAAAAUCAAAGUUACCGUAGAAGUUCUGAUAAAAAAAUUAAUAACAGUAGUAUCACUCAAAGUUCACGAAUACCACAGUUCAGAUAA